CAGUUGCGUUCCGACAUGGGGACUUGGGUUGUAGCCGUGGUGGCAGCGUCUCUGACGGUCUGCAGUGGCGCCCUCGCUCUGCUGACGCUACCUGGCGGCGGGCAGGCGGACGACCACCCGCUGGCUCGAGACGUGAGCCGGACGUGUUCGGACUCGGAGUUCAGGUGUGGCAACGGACGAUGCAUCCCAAUUCACUGGCAGUGCGACAACGAGAAGGACUGUAGCGACGGCGACGACGAGGUCCCGAGCGUCUGCCAGGAGCGGCCGUGUCGGGCGGGCGAGUUCCAGUGCUCUGCGGGCGUGUGUGUCCCCCAGGCGUGGGUGUGCGACGGACGGACCGACUGCCCCGAUUUGUCGGACGAGAGGAACUGCUCGCAGUAUGACACGUGUCGAUCGGACGAGUUCACUUGCACGAACGGGAAGUGCAUUCAGAAGCGCUGGGUGUGCGACCGCGACGACGACUGCGGGGACGGCUCCGACGAGAGAUACUGCCCCAGCAUCCCCUGCGUCCCGGACUCCGAGUUCAAGUGCGCGGAAAAUUUCUGCAUCACCUCGAGAUGGCGCUGCGACGGCGACCUGGACUGCCCGGACGGCUCGGAUGAAGAGGUCUGCGCGUACCGACCCGCGCAUUCGUCCCACUGCCUGACCCGUGAAUUCGAAUGUGAGGACCGCAUCACGUGCGUCCAUCAGUCCUGGCUUUGCGACGGCGACAGGGACUGCCCGGACGGGAGCGACGAGAGCGUGGCACAGUGCCAGAACGUGACUUGUCGGCCGGACCAAUUCCAGUGCAAGAACUGGGUAUGCAUCCCGGGUCACCUGCGCUGCUCGGGGCACGCGGAGUGCAGCGACCAGAGCGACGAGGACAACUGCAACUCGUCGGCGCCGAAGUGCGACCCCAAGACUCAUUUCGAGUGCGGGGACGGGGCGUGCAUCCCCCUCGAGAAGGUUUGCGACAAGAAGCCGGACUGCCAGAACUCGGAGGACGAGCCGGCCGACCGCUGCGGCAAGGACGAGUGCAAGGACAACAACGGGGGCUGCUCGCAGCGCUGUGUGGACAUCCCCGGAGGCUACUACUGCGAAUGCCUGCCCGGCUACAAGCUCAUGGACAACCGCACGUGUGACGAUAUUGACGAGUGUCAGACGCCAGGAGCCUGCUCGCAGCUCUGUAUCAACGAGAAGGGUACGUUCAAAUGCCAGUGUGUCGACGGGUACCUCCGGGACCCGCGGAAUCACACGCGCUGCAAGGCCAUGGAGGGCCACGCCUCGUUGCUCUUCUCUCGCCGCCACGACAUCCGCAAGAUCUCGCUCGACCACCACGAGAUGACAGCGAUUGUGAAUAACACGAAGAGUGCCACGGCACUGGAUUUUGUCUUCAGGACCGGCAUGAUAUUCUGGAGUGACGUCAGUGACCAGAAGGUUUAUAAAGCUCCAAUUGAUGAGGGCAGCGAGCGGACGGUCGUGAUAAAGGAUGAGCUGACGACAUCAGACGGUCUGGCGGUGGACUGGAUCUACAACCACAUCUACUGGACAGACACGGGCAGGAACACGAUAGAGCUGGCAAACUUUGAGGGCAACAUGCGGAAGGUGCUGAUCCAGGACAGUCUGGAGGAGCCGCGCGCCAUCGCGCUCAACCCCAUCGAUGGAUGGAUGUUCUGGACAGACUGGGGUACCGAGCCGAAGAUCGAACGUGCUGGAAUGGACGGGUCGCAUCGCCAGGUAAUUGUCCCAUAUGAAGUCAAAUGGCCCAAUGGGCUCACGCUCGACCUCGUGUGGAAACGCGUGUACUGGGUGGACGCCAAGUUGAACGUGAUCUCAUCUUGCAACUACGAUGGCAGCCAACGGCGUGUGAUCCUUUACUCUCCCGAUGCCCUUCAGCAUCCAUUCAGCAUCACAACAUUUGAGGACUGGGUGUACUGGACCGACUGGGACACGCAGGCUGUGUACAGAGCAAAUAAGUUCAAUGGGAGGGACAUCUCGCCUGUCACCGCCACGCACAUGUUGCAGAAUCCGAUGGUGAUCCACGUGUAUCAUCCGUACCGACAGCCAGACGGUCAGAACUACUGUCAGGCGGUGAAUGGACACUGUUCGCACCUGUGCCUGCCUGCGCCUCAGAUCGACGCGCAGUCGCCGAAGGUCUCCUGCGCGUGUCCCGAUGGCUUACGGCUGCUUGAGGAUGGACCAUUGUGUGGUGAGGAAGUAAAGCGCACUACGGUCUCUGCGGGUGUGGCGGGCUCGGGACCGUCCUCCAGGAAUACAAAUUCUCGAUCUCGUGCCCCAGCCGUGGCCCCCACUAACAACAGCCACGUACGAGGCCACAAUCUCAGUGAUGCCAUUGCUACAAAUAUUACAGUGGGCCUCAUGAAUAAUACCCGUUCCAUGGAGUCCAUCCCGGAGGAUGACAGCGGGCUGGUGGCAGGCAUCGUCAUAGCUGUGGUCACCAUCGUGCUGAUCCUGGCAGCCCUGAUUGCAUUUGUGGUUUAUCGCCAUUACCUGCACAGAAAUGUGACGAGUAUGAACUUUGACAACCCCGUUUACCGCAAGACCACAGAGGACCAGUUCUCGCUGGAGAAGAACCAAUAUCAGCCGCAGAGAAUUUACCCUGCCACAGUCGGAGAAGAGGUGAGAGCACUUGCUAUGGACAGCUGCAUCCUUAGAUAAUUGCGCGUCGUCCACCUGUGGGCCGACUGGCACGUUCUCAUUAUGUAGGCAAUUUGAGCUGGAACUGUUUCAGUAUGUGGUAAUUUUCUCACUUGUUUGCCUGGAAGUGAGCGUGUGCGUGCUUUCAGACUUGUUCAAGCGGGAUUGUUUUGGUAUGUGGACCUAUUUGUCUGAAACUGAAUGAGGCACGAACGUCUUCGCCGCGGUU